AUGAAUCACUCAAAGAAUUUAAGAGAUUAUAAUGAAGAUUUCUACGAGUAAAAAUAGUAUUCUACAUUUUUUGACACUGAAAUUAAUAUUUUAAUUGUAGAUGAUGAUUAAUCUAGUUCUUUUGUUUUGAAAAUAAUAAUUACCUCUACAUUAAAGUAGUUUAAUAAAAAUUUAUUACUUUACUUUACAACUAUUUAUUAAGGAGAAGAGUGUAUUAGAGGGUUAGCUAAGAUAUAAAAAUGCUAUUAUUUUCUCUUUAUAGACGCAUAAAUGCCAGAAAUAGAUGGAUAUGAGUCAAUUAGAUUAUUUUAUUAGCUGAAUUUAAGAAAAUUUUUAGAAAAAUAAGCAAAUAAAAAAUAAAUUUUUAGCUAACUUCAAAUUAUUAUGAGUUCAGGCUUUUAAAAAGAAGAAGAAAAGCUUUAUAUAUACAGAAUUAAAUUUUACCUAUAAAAACCUGUUGAAGAAAAAUAAUAAAAAAUAUUUUUAUAAAAAUCUAUUUUGAAUUAUCCUAUUAAGUAUAAAAUAUAAAGCCAACAAAAUGAAUUCAUCACUAUGCUUUUUUCAUCAUAUCAAAUUUGA